GCACCGGGGUCCCAGGCAGCGCGGGCGCUCCCUCCUCCGCUCCUUCCCCUCCCUCCCUCCGCCCGCCCCGGGUGGGGGGGGGGGUGGUGAGCGCCUCUGACCUGGCUCCCCCCGCUCCUCAGCCGCCGCCGCCACCGUCUCCUCCCGGCCCGACCCGACCUACCGCCGCCGCCGCCGCUGCCUCCCCGGCCGCCCAUCGCCGCCCUCGCGCCGCCGCUGCCGCCGCCUCGCGGGGAAGGAGCAGGAAAAAGCGACCGGCGCCUGCCCGCCCCCUUCCGAGCCCUCUGCUCUAGGGGCCAGCCCCGAGCCAGCCCCGGGCCAAGUCCGGCCCCAGCCGAAAGUUGUGGCGGAGGGCGGCGGGGCCCUGGCUCCGCUGCUUCCUAGCCUUUUCUUCGGGCCGGGGACCGGAGGUGCGGAACUGGGGGGGUGGGCGAGAGCAAAGUGGCAACUUCUCCCGGGGAAGCCUCCAGCCCCGCCCACGUCCGGGUCCGAAAUCGCCGGGGGAGCCGGAUUUAUUUUAUUCGUUUAAAUCAUUCUUAUAAUUAUCAUUCCUGCUGAUUUGAGAGACGGACCUUGGUCCUUCUGGCUGCUGCUGCUGCUGCUGCCGGGUGACAAGAGCUGCUGUUGCUGCCGCCGCCGCCUCCUCCUCCUCCUCCUUUCCCUCCCCCCUGUUCCUCCCUCUCUGUCUCUCCUUCUCUCCCUCCUGCCACAUUCCCUUCCUCCUUCCUUCUCUCGAGCACCAUGGAGUUCUCCGAGAGGAAAAGAAGCAGGAAAUCCCAAAGCUUCAAACUGGUGAACCAAGAUUAUCACCAUGACAUAUAUAAAGUUUCUGACUUCAGCAAUGAUGUUAAUGGAGAGGCCAAAGAGACAAAACCCAUUUUUUUAGGAGAUGAAAGCAUGGAAAUUAAAAAACAAAUUACAGGGAUGAGAAGAUUAUUGAAUGACAGCACUGGAAGAAUCUAUCAGCGUGUUGGCAAAGAGGGAGAAAAACUGAAGGAAGAACCCCAGGAUUUAGAUUUAGUUUGGGCUCAACGUUUGAAUUCUUCCACUGAGGUCUCACAGAGCCUCCACCCUUCCCCUAGUGGUACAUGGAAUGAGUUACCAUCUCCAAUUGGCCAAUUCCCAGGGCAGUAUGGAACCCGAUCUAAAACUUUCCAGAAUCAGUCCAAAACUACUGGAGGAUCCAAUGGAGAACUUCCAGCAGUGAAUUCAUCAUUUGGAUCAAACUGCUGUACUUGUAACUGCCAGUCAACCUUGCAGGCCAUUCUUCAAGAACUCAAGACCAUGAGAAAAUUAAUGCAAAUUCAAGCAGUUGGAACACAGAACAGACAACAGCCCCCAAUUUCCCAUCUAUGCUCCCAGAGAACUGCUGUGUCCCGAAAAAGAAAUAAAAAGAAAAAAAUACUCCCAAAGAUCACUGAACCUCUUUCCACAAAUAAGAAACCCAAUGUAAUAGAGAAUGAAAAGACAGCAUUUGCCUCUGAACAAUCUGUCCUCCAAAAAACUGAACACAUCCCAGCUGAGGAGAACCAUGUUUUAGGAUUUGGCAUUGUUCUUGAAUCACCGUCUUCAGAUCCAGAAGUGCAACUUGCUGAAGGCUUUGAUGUGUUUAUGCCUAAAUCUCAGCUGGACUCUAUAUUGUCAAACUACACUCGCUCAGGAAGCCUUCUAUUUAGAAAAUUGGUGUGUGCAUUUUUUGAUGACAAGACUUUGGCAAACUCCUUGCCCAAUGGAAAGAGGAAAAGAGGACUCAAUGACAACCGGAAAGGACUAGACCAAAAUAUUGUGGGUGCAAUAAAAGUCUUCACAGAAAAAUACUGCACUGCUAACCAUGUGGAUAAACUUCCUGGCCCAAGAGACUGGGUACAGAUUCUACAAGAUCAAAUUAAACUGGCCAGAAGAAGGUUAAAAAGAGGCUCAGCAGAGGUAGCUGACUGUGAUGAAAAACUGGAUGGCAUUUCUGUACCACCAACAGGAAAGGAAACCAUAAAUUGGAUCCUGCCAUUGUUACUGCUCUGCUGCUCCCAGUGGACUCUCUACCAUCUCAAUCUCAGGUCUCCACAAACCUUAAAAGGGAAGAUAGUAAUAACAGAAGCAAAUAUGGCCUUUAAACCAUCUAAGAAAGUAUAAACAUCUAUGAAUAAACAUUGCAAGACCAAGAAUAAUGAACCAGUAUUUGAGGAGGCAGAAGACCCAUGGAUUCUCAAGAGAGAACACAAUUAAAUAAGAUAUUCCUGAAAGAUCCAAGAGAAAAACAGGAAUCAUGAAAGCAACAUUUGUGGCUUACACAGAAGAAAUAAUCAACAAAACAAAAACAGUGGCAAAUCCUAUCAAAGAAACAAAAGAGAGAAUAAAGAGAGAACAAAUGAUUGGGAGUACAAAACCCAGAAGUUAAGGAAAAUCUGGAAAAGAAACAAAAAGCAAGUUUCAAAGUAUGUUUGCUAUACAAGCAAAAUACAAUUAGGGCACCUAAUCUAUGGUUUAAUUUUCUCUGGUUCCAUGGUCAACUAGGAAGGCCUGGAUGCCAGUAUUUCCUCCCUGUCUUCCUAUCUUCUGCCUUUACUUUUUCUUUUUCACUCUAACUUUUUUGUUGUGGGGAGGAGUGUGAGGCUAUAGCUCUGAGUUCAAGGGUAGGAGCAGAAAAAGAAAGCAUAUAUAUGUGGAUGUUUGCUUAUAUCUAGGGUUUCAGCUAUUUGUGUGGGUCUUGGAACAUAUUCCCCACAGAUACGGAGUCCCUACUAUAUUCUGAUCUUGAAAACAGAAUACAUAGAGAUAAAUUAUGGAAUACAGAUUUCUCAAAAUAACAUAAGUUAAAAAAUUUGAAUUGCAUAAUACAAGAAAUGAUGGAAGAAAAUUGUUUAGAACUUCUGAACACAGAAAACAAAGUGCCAACUAAAAGAAUCCACAAGUCAACAGGGCCAAGAUGGCAGAGAAGGUAUAGGGAUCCAUCCAAUUUCUCAAAUUACCUUCCAAAAAGCAAUGCUAUAACUCCCCAAAAUGAAUUCUGGAGCAUCGUAAUUCACAAAAAGACAAGAUGAAAUAAUUUUUUAGCCCAAAACAACUUAGAGGGCUGGCACAAAGGAUCUAGUGCACCAGGGUGGAGGUAGACCAGCUCCAGGACAGGCCCCAACAAGGCAACAGACUUUGGGUGCAACUGAAGCAGCCACCAAGGCUUUCAAAACUCUCAACUACAGAUGGCACCAGGUGGUGGGGAAAUCAGACCAUUCAUCAGGAGGAGAUUACAGGGGACCCUUUUCCAGCUCUGGGUGUAAGACUUUGUCACAUUGCCCAUAGGCAGAACUGGGUCAUGGCCCAGGGGCAUUGCCACAGGGUGAGAAGGAACACCAGCAUACACCAGUGCUCACAGCCACAGGGGAACGGGGGAAACUGGUCACAGUUCCAGGGGAGAAAGAGUGCUUGGGGUUACUCACAUACCAGAGCACAGGCCAGGAGAGUAUUAAACACACUUCAUAAACAUCAUACCAUCUUGGAAGAACUGAAAGCAGAUAGGUUGUUUUAUUGUUUUCCUGGUUCUGCUUAUUUCACUCUGCUUCAGUUCAUGCAAGUCUUUGCAGGUUUUCUUGCACUCUUCCUGCUUGCUAUUUCUUACAGUACAAUAGUAUUUCAUUAGAGGCCAUCAAAUCUAAGCCUCCUUAUUUUACAGCUGAGGAAACUGAGGUCUAGAUAAUUGUGACUUUCCCAAAGGUCACCCAGGUGAUAGUGGCAGAGUUGGUAUUCAAACCAAAGACCUCUAACUACAAAUCCAAUAUUUUUUCCACUGAAAUAAGCCAUAAUUCAAAAAUAAAAGAAAUACUUAUCAAACUCAUACAUUGUAUACAAGCACUGUGUUAGAUAUUUGGGAAUAAAAAGCAAAACAAUUCCUGCCUUCAAAAAGCUUACAUUCUACUGGUGUUUUAAGGAAAUGGAGAAAUCUUUCAAUGAUUGAAAACACUGAGACAAUAAAAAAUGUUAAGAAUAAGCAGUUUGUUGAUUCAGAAUGAAAUAAGCAGAAUCGGAGAACAUUAUACACAGUAACUGAAAUUUUGUGGGAUGAUCAAAUGCGAUAGACUUUGCUAUUAACAGUAAUAAAAUGACCCAGGAAGAUUCUGAGGGACUUAUAAAAAAAAGAAUGCUAUCCACCUCUAGAGGAAGAACUGUUGGAGUAGAAAUGCAAAUGAAGACAUAUGAUUGAUCACUUGUUUAUAUGGGUAUAUGAUUUGGAGUUUUGGUUUUAUAAGAUUAUGCUCUUCCAAAAAUGAAUAAUAUGAAAAUAUGUUUUGAGUGAUAAUACAUGUAUAACCCAGUGGAAUUGCUUGUCAGCUCCAGGAGGGUAGAGGGAAAAGGGGAAGGAGACAACAUGAAUCAUAUAACUUUGGAAAAAUUAUAUGUAAAUUUAUUAUUAGAAUAAAAUAAAGAUAAACAUUUUUUAAAAUAAUAAGCAAAUUGUGGGGGCAGCUGAGUGGCUUUGUGGAUUAGGAGCCAGCCCAGAGAUGAGAGGUCUUAGAUAAAAAUGUGGUCCCAGACACUUCGUAACUGUGUGACCCUGGGCAAGUCACUUAACCCCCAUUGCCUAGCCCUUAACACUACUCUCUGCCUUGGAACCUAUAGACGGUACUGAUUCUAAGAGGGAAGAUAAGGGUUUUUUAAAAAGAGAGAAUCCAUAGAUCCAUGGCAAAUACAAAAACACAUAGCCAAUUCUUAGGCUACCAGACUAUAAGCACUACAAAUAGCCCAGGACCCUGAACUUGAGAUCUUGGGAAUUACAAUGCCCUCAACACCACCAGACCUGCUUCCAGACCAGCUUUCCACAACCAUCAUUGAGGGAAAUCAUUGGGGAAAGGGGACAUACAUUCUUCAUCCCCGCUAGCAAUGAGUGCUGACCAACUGCCACCAAAUCGGUUGAUUGAUACCAAAGCCCUGGAAGUGAUCCCAGUUCUGCUUCCAGCCCAUCGGUCCUACUUCCAAACUAGCCUUUACAGUUAUUAUCUGGGGAAUCAAUGCCUUUGGAGAAGCAACCAUUCAUCCUCACAUCACUACCAACUGUUUGCCACAUGGAAAUCCAGCUAGCUGAAUGAGGGAAGAAGAGUGGAGAAGGGAAGAGGUAGAAGGAGGGAGGGAGAGAGAUUGAAGUUAGCAGGUACCAUACCAUUUGGUCAAGCUACUACCACCUUGAUACUUUUGUCCUCUCAGACCCUGAUGGAAACAAGCUUGAAUCCAAGAGUCUUGGGAACAGCAAUGCUUCUAAUCCAAUGCCAUCAUCCUGGAAAGCAACUCUUGUGGAGAUUUGGUCUAACAACUGCCCCUGUAGGUGCUACAGUCACAACUUCUGCAGACUCAGAAAGGAAAGUUCUUGCUACCAAAGUCCUUGGAACCGCCAAAUAAUUUUCAAUCAAAAGAUUUUCAAAAUCAAAAGAUAUGAUUUUAUCAGUGACAAUGCAUGAAAAGAGGUAUUUCUUGCCACUGAACUCUAAAGGACCUAAGAAGCAAAGGAUUUUCCCAUCAAACUUGCAGCUGCAAUCUUCCAUAUGUGUUGUCUUCCCUAUUAUAUGACCCAAACCCUUUGAGAGCAGAGACUGUCUUGCUUUUGUAUUUAUGUCCUCAGCAUUUAGCACAAUGGUUGGCACAUAGUAAGUGCUUAAGUCAUUUAUUCAUUCAUUUGUUGUGAUUAAAUUUAACCAUUCCAAUGAAAAAUAAUAAAUUCUGCAAGCAAUCAGAAGACCUUGAAAUAUAAAGGAAGAGAAAAAUGGAAUAACAUAAGAAUAUUCUUUUACCCACCAGAAUAUGGAAUAAUGUAACAUACCCUGUAAAGACGAGCCUAAUCUUCAGUGAAAAAAAUAUGAAUUCUCAUUUUAAAAGAGGCAUUUGAACCAUUCUUACAGUCAAAACAAGUUCCGAGUAAAUUAUUUGCUUUGCAAACACCCUGGAAAGAUUGAAGCAGCUAUUGGUUUGGGGAAGUCAAGCAAUUCAAGGGUCAUUUGAAACCACAAUGAAACAAGAUUAGUCUCUCUGGUAUAAGGCAAAGUACAAUUGGAAAUGAAUGAAAAACAGUAUCAUGAACUGAUAAAUUAUUGCUACAAAAAUGGCCUCAUUAAUCCUUAGAUAAUAAGUAAAGACUUUCAGAGAAGACCUGGGAGCUGGAGGUGUUUGCUAUUAAUUCCUCUUCAGUAUGAUGCAGAUUUCUUGAAGUUGAAAGAACAUCAAAAAAAAAAAAACAAGAGGAAAAUAGCUGCUAACUGUUGUAAGGAAGAAAAAACACUUGCCAUGGACAAUGCAACGUAAAGACUGGAGCACUAAGUAUUGAGGGGAAAAGGUGCUUUUUAACUGAUGAAAUUUAUUUUUUUCAUUCAGGGGUACAGGAAAACGAUUGUGCAAAAGGUCCAGGUGAGUCUAAGGCAUCUGGGCAUCUUCAUCAUGCAGUAAAAUAAAACCCUAAAAUUUUUUGAGGAAUGUUUUAUUUCCAGUGGUCUUGGAAGUCUUUUAUCCAUUGAGGUAAUGGUGAAGUCUGACAAAUACUGACAAAGUCUGAUUUGCUGAGCAGCAGAAUUCUUGCAGAAUUAUAGAAAUUCAUUAGAGAUGGAAUGUGAUGGUGAUGAUGAUAGCUAGCACUUAAAUAACACUUCAAAGUUUAUAAAACACCACAAAUACCUCAUUUGAUCUUCACAAUAACCCUUAGGGGUAGGUGCUAUUCUAUCCCCAUUUUACAGUUGAGGAAACUGAAGCAGACAGAGCUUAAGUGACUUAGCUAAGGUUACAUAGUUAAUAAAUGUCUGAGGCCAGAUUUUAACUCAGAAUUUCCUGAUUCCAGGUCUAAUAUUUUAUCCAAUGUGUUGCCUAGCUACAUAGACAUAUAAUAACAUCCAGGAGAUGGAACUGAGCAGUGCCCUAAUAAUUUUUUUUUUCUAAAAAUCUUACCUUCCAUCUUGGAAUCAAUACUAUCUAUUGGUUCCAAGGCAGAAGAGUGGUAAGGGCUGGGCAAUGGGGGUUAAGUGACUUGCCCAGGGUCACACAGCUGGGAAGUGUCUGAGGCCACAUUUGAACCUAGGAUCUCCUAUCUCUAGCCCUGGUUUUCAAUCCACUGAGCAACCCAGCUGCCCCCAGUGCCCUUAUAAUUUGAUUGAUUUAGAAUCCACUUAAAAGCUCUGGCUUAGGGGUAGCUAGUAUGUGGUCAAUAGAGCACUCUUAAGAUUAAAAAUUAGUUUUUUUGUUAAAAGUAUUAUAUUUUUAUGAGGUCUAUUAAAGAUUAAGAAAUAAAGAAAAUACAAAAUAAGAAAGCAUGUGCAACCUACAUCUUGGCGGCUAGGUAGAGAGCCCCGUGUCCCUAGAAGCGGAAGCCUAGAGAGAGCGCGACUAGGCGGAGAGCCCGUUUAAAUAAUAAUUUGUGAUCUAGCACUCGGGCGAGAUUCUGGGGAAUUCUGGGAAGUUCCAAGGACUUCUGGGGAUUGAAGUCCAAGGUUCAAAUCUCCAUUUUUACAGCACCAGGAAUGAAAAAAAAUGUGAAGGAAGGUGGCCUAGCAGUACCAGAUCUUAAAAUAUGGUACUGACUAAGAGAUAGAAGGGUGGAUCAAUGGAAUAGACUUGGGAUCCUUAGCAAGCUAGUAUACAAUAAAUCCAAAGAUUCUAGCUUUGGGGACAAGAACUCACUAUUUGACAAAAACUGCUUGGAAAAUUGGAAAACAGUAUGGGAAAAAAUUAGAUUUAGAUCAACAUAUCACACCCAACAUCAAAAUAAUUCAAAAUGGGUAAAUAACUUAAACAUAGAAUGAUAUUAUAAGUGAAUUAGGUGAACAUAGAAUAGUAUACCUGUCAGACCUAUGGGAAAGGAAGGAAUUUAAGACAAAGCAAAAAAAGAAAACAUUACACAAUGUAAAAUGAAUAAUUUUAAUCAUAUUAAGGUUUUGUACAAACAAAACCAAUGCAACUAAAAUUAGAAGGGAAGGAAUAACCUGGGGGAGGAGGAAACUGAUAACAAAAUUCUCUGACAAAGGUCUAAUUUCCCAAAUAUACAAGAAACUAAGUCAAAUUUACAAGAAAUUAAGCCAUUCCCCAAAUGACAAAUGAUCAAGGGAUAUGAAUAGGCAGUUUUCAGAUGAAAUCAAAAUUAUCACUAAUCACAUGAAAAAGUAUUCUAAAUCCCUCAUGAUUAGAAAAGUGCAAAUCAAAACAACUCUGAGGUACCACCUUAUACCUGUAAGGGUUAAAAUUAUGGUUGAGACUGAAUGUAAUAAUUAUAGUUGGUUGCAAGGAAUUUAUUUUUAAAAAUCCUAAUGAAACACCCAAACAGCUGGAAAUUUUAUGGUGAUUUAAUUACAACAGGAGGAAGAAAAUAUUAGAGGGAGAGAGAGAGAGGGAAAGAAGGAAAGGAGUUUUAACUCAGCUCAGGCUGAGCCAAAGGGGGAGUUUAAGGCCCUGGAGAGCCAAGGCAGAGAAGGGAGUCAAUCCUUAUCACUCACAUGAUCUAUCUUUAGGAAAGCUGUCUACGGGGCUCCUCCAAGCUAGAGCUCCAGGAUCAAACUGAACUCUAGCCCUCUCCACAGGAAGUCAUGAGAACUCCAGAGGCUGUUCUCUACCUCACUUCCUGUGUCUCACAUGUGCCAAUGGUGGCUCAAGCUUGACUUAGGACAGACAGCCCAGAGGUCUGUCCUUUUUUUUUGCACAUGUCUGUUGAAGGACAUUUUCUCAGAUAAUUAAAUUUUGAGUUUGAUACAGACCUUCCCAAUCUUGUUAAACUAAGAAGGGUGGAAAAUGCAGAGUUUCCAAGACCUGAUUCUGUUAUUCCAAGUAUCUCCAUUGUUACUGAUCAGGAAAUAGCUAAAUCACAUCUUCUAAAGGAUGGUCUGAUUAGGGUGGAGUAGUUUUAAAAUUCACAUACCUAGGGGGCAGCUGGGUAGCUCAGUGGAUUGAGAGCCACUGGAGGUCCUAGGUUCAAAUCUGGCCUCAGACACUUCCUAGCUGUGUGACCCUGGGCAAGUCACUUAACCCCCAUUGCCUAGCCCUUACCACUCAGUAUUGACAGUAUUGACUCCAAGAUGGAAGGUAAGGGUUUUAUUAAAAAAAAAUUCACAUACCUAACAGAGUGGUAAAUAUGACAGUAAAGAAAAAUAAUAAAUGUUGAAGGGGAUGUGUCAAAAUUGGGACACUAAUGUAUUGCUGGUAGAGUUGUGAAUUGAUCCAACCAUUCUGGAGGGCAAUUUUGAAUUAUGCCCAAAGUGCUUUAAAUGAAUGCCUGCCCUUUGAUCCAGCCACACCACUGCUGGAUUUGAACCUCAAAGAGAUAAAAAAAGUUUGUACAAAACUAUUUACAGGUUCACUUUUGUGUUGGCAAGAAAUUGGAAAAUGAGGAGUUGUUCCUCAUAUGGGGAAUGGCUGAACAAAUUGUGGUUUAUGAUGGUGAUGAAAUACUAUUGUGCUGUAAGGAAUGAUGAACUGGAGGAUUUCUAUAUGAAUUGGAAAAACCUCCAUGAACUGAUACAGAGUGAAAUGAGCAGAACCAGGAGAACAUUGUACACAGAGACUGAAACAUCGUGGAUAAUCACAUGUAAUCGACUUUGCUAACAGCAAUAAAAUGAUCCAGGGACAAUCUUGAUGGACUUGUAAGAAGGAAUGCUAUCCACAUCGAGAGAAAGAACUGUGGGUGUAGAAACACAGAAGAGAAACAUAUAAUUUAUCACUUGCUUAUACAGGUAUAUGAUUUGGGGUUGGGGUUUUAAAAGAUUAUCAUAAAUAUGAAUAAUAUGGAAACAGAUUUUGAAUAAUAAGACAUGUAUAAACCA